AUGGCCCCUAACUUCAACAUUGCCCAUUGCCCCAUCAAGACCCCCACCGUCGGCGAGAACGGGUGGCAGGACUUCAACCCCCACACCCAACUGCUCAAGAAGGGCGAUCGGCCAUUCGGCGCCAGGGCCAUCGACUGCGAUAUCACCAUUGAACAUGACGUGGAGAUUGUAGUACGCGACGGUGCUCGACUCUACGUCGAUGUCUACCGCCCCACCAACGCCAGCGGCCCCGUCCCCGCUAUCCUGUCUUACAGCCCCUUCGGCAAAAAGUACAGCGGCCUGAUUUUCAUGCCCAAGCUUCCUUACGGUGUUGGCGUCACCAGUGAGGAUGUUUCUGGCCUGGAAAAGUUCGAAGGCAUCGAUCCCGCCCGCUGGUGCGCUCGCGACUUCGCUGUCAUCAGUGUCGACGCGCGUGGAACUGGUUCCUCCGACGGCGUCGUCCAUAUCAUGGGCAGCCAAGAAUCGGAAGACGGCUACGAUGUGAUUGAGGCCAUUGCUAAGAAGGAGUGGUGCAACGGCUCAGUCGCUCUCGCUGGAAACUCGCACUUGGCGAUCAUUCAGUGGUUUAUCGCCGCACUUAACCCCCCAUCGCUCAAGGCUAUUGCCCCUUGGGAGGGGUGCAGUGACAUGUAUCGCGAGCAGUUUGUGCGUGGCGGCAUCUUCGACAUUAGCAACUUCCAGAACAUCAUCGAUUUCAACAUUCGUGGCAAGAUUGGUGUCGAAGACUUUACCGAGAUGUAUCGCCGCACUGACCAAGGCAUUAUCGACGCCUACUGGGCCGACAAGCGACCGGACAUGUCCAAGAUUCGGGUUCCCACAUACAUUACUGGGUCCGAAUUCUCUGCUAUCCAUACCAUGGGUGCAGUGCGCGGCUGGAUGCAGCUCGGCACAGAAGACAAGUGGCUUCGAUGGACGGGAGUCCAAGAGUGGCAUGACCUGUGGAGCAUUGAGGAGACCAACGAGGACCUCAUGGACUUCUUUGACCAUUUCCUCAAGGGCAAGGAGAAUGGAUGGAAGGAGAAGACACCCAAGGUUCGCAUGUCGCUUCUCCAGUUCGGCAAACGUGAGCCCAUUGAUAUGGUGGUUCCCGACUUUCCCAUUCCGGACACCGACCACCGUUCACUCUACUUUGGCGAAAACGGCACUCUCAGCUCCACAGCUCCAUCUAACACCUCCAUUGUUACGUACGACUCUGAAAACAAGGACGACAAGGUUGCCUUCACUAUCAAGUUUGACAAGCAGACUCGUCUUGUCGGCCUCCCCAAAGCUGUUGUGUACAUGUCCUGCGACGACCUCGACGACCUGUGCGUGAGGGUGCGCCUGCGCAAGCUGGACGCCAAUGGCAAGGUGCUCCGUCACUGUACCAUUCCGUUCUCCCGGGUGCCAUUCACCGACCCCGACGAGGCAAUCGACUCUACGUUGAUCAUCCACCACGGCUCGGUGGGUCUCCUGCGCGCUUCCCACCGUCACAUCGACCACACAAAGUCGAUGCACCCGCAGUACCCUUUCCACCCUCACGACCGUGUGGAAAAGGUCACCCCUGGUACUGUGGUGCGUUUGGAGAUUGGUAUUUGGGCCAUGAGCGUACACUAUGACGCUGGCGAGUCGCUUGCUGUCGAGAUCUCUGCUUCGAGCGGACUGUGGCCGGAUCUCGGCGACGAGAGCGCCCCAUUUGAGACCAACAAGGGCGUUCACAAGGUUCACUUUGGAGGCGAGUAUCCCUCUCACGUUAUCCUUCCUUUCACCAAUCUGUAG